UUCCUGGAUAAGGUCAAGGACCAUGCCCUUUCUUGCUCUCUCUCCCGGCUGUUCCUCUUUUUGCUUCUGAGGUAAGGUUCCUGUACUUCUUCCUCGAUGUCGCUUUCUAGGUUUUUAACCCUUUUCCUAAUCAUGGUCCCAUGUGGUUUGUUGUUUUUCUUCCAAUAUUCUCUAUGUAUUUGUGCCUGGAUCCAUUCGGUUUCUGCUCGCGUGUGCGCGCCUACAUGUAAGGCGAGCGCCCCCUCCGAAGUCAAAGAUGAGCACCGGCUGCUCCAGCGGCAUUCGCGUGCCGUUCCCAGUCCGUCGUCCGCGCCGCAUCUGCAUCCAUCGUUGGUCACUUGAAGCAGCGCCUGCCUGCGCACCUCAGCCGCCGGCCGCCGGCCGCCGGCUGCUCCAGCGGCAUUCGCACGCCUUCAACAGCUAAUUGGCCACCAAGAAAAAAAGACUGAUAAUAAAAUAUAGACUACAUGUAAAAAAGAUUAAAUCUCACAUUUAAUAAUGUACUAUCUUUGCUUAUAUGCACUGCUGUUUAGAUACCUUCUCUCUACCUAAAUUUAGAAAAAUGCAAACAAAAAUAUAUUGCCAAACGGAAUUAAAAGAGACUUUUACGCGCGCGAUGGUGCGCGCACUGCACUCGUCGCCAUGAAAUUGCCGGCUCAAUCUCCAUCAGCCAGGACUACUAGUUCUUUUAGGCAAUUGAAGACAAUCAUAAAAAAUUGUUCUUACAACUGUACAACUUCAAAAGAUAAUGUUAAAGUUUACACACAAAAAUCGGUUAGGGUCUCAAGGAGGGGGAGGGGAAUCUCAAAAGCCGACAGCGGUACCCCACCAAGGCAAAGGAGAGCCAUGCCGGCGCGCCGGGGUAGGGCCAGGAAGGGCGACCGCCGGAUCGACGCCGCCAUCGACCACUUCACGGUCAUGGGCUACGCCGCACGCGACGUCCGCGCCGUCGUCGCUCAUCUCCUCGAGGUGUACGGCGGGCCUUCCGCGUGGCCAUUGCUGGAGGACGGCUCCUACCAAGUCGUCCAAGAAAAGCUCUUUGAGAAGGAGGACGAGGAGAAGCAGAAGCAGGACCAGCCCCUGCUGCUGGAGGGCCAGCAAGUGGAGGAGUUGCCUCCUCAGCUCCUAGAAGAAGCAGUAGAUGAGGCACCUCCAAAAAACAACGAGUCAAUCUUACAGGUAGGUGAGGAGGUACCAGCUGAGACUGAGUCACCACACGAGGAAGUGGAAGCUCCUAUGUUCAUCGUCAUCGAACCACACCCUCUUGAAGCCAUGGCACCACUUACUGAGGCUUUAAGGACUGGUGGCGCAACGAGACCAUGCUAUGGAUGGAUUAGUGAGUCUGAAGAUGAGGAAGAACUUACCGGUCAACAUCAUGAGGUGCAUGUUCCAAGUUCAGGAGGAGACUUGGUUUGUAAGAGGAAGCGAGUCCAUUAGAUGUGGCUGAUUUCAACAUGGCAAAGCCAACGAUGCUCUGCCUGAAGAAGCGACUUGCUGAAGCCUUGCACCCGAGCGUAGUAGUCUAGUAGGAGUAUAUCAAGAUAGAAGAGGUAAUUUUAAUAAGCGCUACCUGGGAGACAAGCGGGCUUCACCGACUGAACAAGUGUCAACUUUUCUAGGCUGCGCGGAAUGCUUGUGCGUUUUCGAACGAUGUCAUGAGUUCAUAUCGAAGAACGAAUCUGAUGCUGGUAGUUGUUUCUC